AUGCAAACCAUAGGGAGGCGGCAGUGGCCGAGGCCUUCCUGUCCACCUUUCAAGCUCCGAGAAGUGGCGUCCGUGUAUAUCACCAUGCUUUCAGUCUUCCUGGUCAUCUUGGUUGUUGCCCUGCAAGGCACGGUUCCCCAAGAGAACAACUUCCCAUACAGAGUGCCCCUGGAUCCGCAAGGCAUUGUCGAGCUCUCCUGGAACAUCAGCUACCACCAGGAAGAGGUGCAUUUCCAGAUCUUGCUCAAAGAGUUGAAGUUUGGGCUCCUGUUCGGCAUGUCAGACCGAGGUGACUUCGAGAACGCGGACCUGGCUGUCCUCUGGAGUGACGGAUCCCAAUCCUAUUUUGCUGAUGCGUGGAGUGACCAAAAAGGGCAGCUGCACAUGGACUCUGAACAGAACUACAAGCUCCUUAGAGCGCAGAAAACCUCCAAGGGACUCUAUCUGCUGUUUAAAAGGCCCUUUGGAACUUGCGACCCCAAGGACUAUCUCAUAGAGGAUGGCACUGUGCACCUGAUCUAUGGGAUUCUGGAGAAACCAGUCUCUUCCCUCCAAGCAAUCAAUGUUUCAGCGGUACUCCGGAAAGGGUUGCAAAGGGUGCAGCUGCUGAAACCCGAGAUCAGCAUUCCUAACCUGCCUGCAGAUCUGAAGACCAUGGAAAUAAGAGCCCCUAAUGUGGUCAUACCCAGCCAGGAGACCACCUACUGGUGCUACAUUACCGAGCUUCCUGAAGGCUUUGCAAAGCAUCACAUUGUCAAGUAUGAAGCAGUUAUCACAAAGGGAAACGAAGCUCUUGUCCACCACAUGGAGGUCUUCCAGUGCGCCACACAGUUGGACACCUUCCCACAUUACAGUGGGCCGUGCGACUCCAAGAUGAAGCCGGAGCGUCUGAACUAUUGCAGGCAUGUGCUGGCAGCCUGGGCCAUGGGAGCUCAGGCAUUUUACUAUCCAGAAGAUGCGGGGCUUGCAUUUGGAGGUCCCAGUUCCUCCAGAUUUCUCCGCCUGGAGGUUCACUACCACAAUCCCCUGGAGCUCAAAGGCCGCCAUGACUCUUCAGGGAUCCGCCUGUAUUACACGGCCUCUCUCCGCCCUCAUGAUGCCGGAAUCAUGGAACUGGGCUUAGUGUACACUCCAGUGAUGGCGAUUCCGCCUGGUGAACACCACUUCUCCUUGACAGGGUACUGCACUGAUAAAUGCACCCAGGUGGCUCUGCCUCCCUCUGGGGUUCAUAUUUUCGCCUCCCAACUACACACCCACCUGAGUGGCCGGAGCGUGAUGACGGUGCUGUCCCGUGAAGGGAGAGAAGAGGAAAUCGUGAACAUGGAUCUGCAUUACAGCCCCCACUUCCAGGAGAUCCGCAUGUUAAGAAAUAUCGUGACCGUUUUCCCGGGUGAUGUGCUCAGGACCACGUGUACUUACAACACCGAGGACAGAACUCAAGCAACUGUGGGUGGUUUUGGGAUCAUGGAAGAAAUGUGUGUGAAUUAUGUCCACUACUACCCACAAAGGGAGCUGGAGUUAUGCAAGAGUGCCGUGGAUCUGGGCUUCCUCCAUCGAUAUUUUAAUCUUGUAAACAGGUUUAAUGAUGAGGAAGUCUGCACAUGCCCAGAGACCUCUGUUACACAGCAGUUUUCUUCUGUCCCUUGGAACUCUUUCAACAGAGAUGUCCUGAAGGCCCUUUAUGACUUCGCUCCAAUUUCUGUGCAUUGCAACAAGUCCUCAGCUGUCCGAUUUCCGGGUGAAUGGGAGAAGCAGCCUCUACCGAAGAUUACUGAGGUGCUGCCCGAUUCAGCCCCACGCUGUGAUCACCGCCUCGCCCAUCCCCCGACAUCUCCCACUCUCGUGAAGCUCGACAGGGAAGAGCCGGGCCUGGUGUGA